AAGUUGAGUUUUUAUGGCGCGACGUCAUAAUAUGAAGCAUGACGUAAACUAUGUGCGCCGCAAAGCAGGGAGCGUGAUGGCGGUGUCUCAGCCAAGACAAGAGAAAGAGAGCGAGGAUUGCUCUUUGCUGCCUUUAGUUCAUGAUAUUAUCAAAUGCAUGGACAAGGACAGUCAGGAUGUCCACCAAGAACUGGCCAAGCUAAAGGUAAAGAUCCAGGAGGCUCGGGAGCAGAUCUCUAACAUGCCCGGGGUAGACAGCAGUCCGCUGGAGCAGCAGCAGCUGCUGGCUACGUUGCGGGAGCAGGUCCGCACCAAGAACCAGCUGCUGCAGAAAUACAAAAGUCUGUGCAUGUUUGACGUGCCAAAAGCAUCAUGAAACUGAAGACGGGAAUACUGCACUGACUGGAGGACGCUCACAGACAGUCGCGGUGCAGGAAGGACGUUUUGUUUUCAUCCUCACCUGUGGAGCAGGUGUGUGAUUUGAAGAACACGGGACGGACGUUUAAAUGAACAAGGACUUAUUUUUGCUUCAGUUGCCAUGAUGCUUUUUUUGUGUUGCAAGAAUGCAGACCUGAUUAUGUAGUAUUUGUAUUAAAUGUAACAUUUCAAUAUAUCAUUUUCUUAUCUUGUGAUGUCUGGCAAUAUUCCUUUUUUGUAAUAAAAUGAAUUGAUUAAGGACUAUUGGCUUAAAGCACCUACUAGUCGUACAUAUUAAUUCAAGUCAGUGACCUUCAUCAUUAAUGAAUUAUCUUUUUGGCACAAGCCGGUGGCUCUGGGCUGAAAACGGUUAACUCAGUGAAAGUGUCUAAAUGACCUAUGAUGAGUUUUAUGGACCCUCAGGUCAGUGUGUUUCAUUUGAUUUUGAAAACCGUUUAUCUGCCUGUGUAUGAAGUGAAAGGAUGAGCUAUCAGGCAACAUAUGAUGUAUUUGAACAAAUCAAGACUAUAAUCCAGUAGAGGGAACCUGCUGCAUUAAAUGUGCAGAGCAGUGUAUAUUUAGGACUGCAGUGUUUUGUGUAACUUCAUUGUGUUUUGCUUGAAAGGAAAGAGAAGAGGAAGACAGACUAUGAAAGUAACAAGUGGUUUUAUUUUCUCUUUUCUCCAAAAGUUGACGUACACAUAAAAAAAACACACAUUCUGAUUUGUUCAUGAUGCAACAAAAAUUCAAGUUCCUCCAAAUUUGAAAAAAAUAAAAUAGCAAAAUGUAAA